AUGCUGCGGCCAGCGACUCCGCUUUCUAUCCUCUUCUUCGUCGCCUUCGUCUUGCUGUUGCUAAGCACCCUUUCGACGCCCAUUAUCCAAGCCAUCCCCUUGGCCCAGUUCGAUGGUGUUGAUUUUGGUGUCUUUGGUUAUUGCCAGAAUGGAAAAUGCAGCGGCAUGAGAGUCGGAUAUGACACAGACAAACUCUUUUCAGCCGCCGACAACAACGAGUUCUCCUUGCCGUCUAGUACCCGAGCCUCGCUCUCGUCCAUCCUCAUCGUCCAUCCCGUCGCAGCUCUCCUGACCCUCAUUUGCUUCGGCUUGGCUGUGGCCGCUCACUUCCACUCGCCCGCCCACUCUCCUCGCUAUCUGCUGGCUCUUCUCAUCCUGACAUUCCCCACCCUACUGGUUGCUCUCUUGGCUUUCCUGGUCGACAUUCUGCUGUUCGUUCCGCACAUGCAGUGGGGAGGAUGGAUCGUUCUGGCAGCCACCAUUCUCAUCAUUGCCUCGGGCGUUGUUACCUGCGCCAUGAGAAGGACUCUGGUAUCGAGAAAGGCUCGCAAGAAGCGUAUUGCUGAGAACGCCGAAAUGAAUGGUGCCAACUACUACAACAAUAUGAACAAUAUGCAGAAUGAGCGCCUGAUGGCCGAUGAGCUGCCCAGAGCAGACAGUCCUCCACCGAUGAACGGCACGUUCGACAAUAACAAAGGGCCUCAGUUUGCAUCCUUCGAAACCAAGAGCAACGAAAGAAGAAGUGAUGACCGUGCUCCACUCAACGCUAGAGCGCCGUCUCUCCACAGCAACAAUACUGCUCCCAGCGCUCGUCCUAUGGACGAUGAGCUUCCCCCGAUGCCUGCUCAACCCACUGAUCCUUACAACAUGCAACAGAAUGCCCAGCCUCCGAUCAUGUUGAUGCGUGAAACUUCUGAUGGCGCACACGAGUCUCAGAAUCCGAACCGUAUGGGACCUCCUCCUCCUGGCUAUGGACGUGGCAGAGGCGGCUAUCCUCCUCGCGGAAACUUUGGUCCUCCUAGAGGUGGCUAUGGUCCUCGUGGCUCAUUCGGCCCAGGCCCGAGGGGUGGUUACGGUCCCGGCCCUGGCAGAGGCGGUCCUCAAGGUAUGCGUGGCCCACCACCUCCUGGUUGGAACGGUCCACAAGGCAGAGGUAUGGGCCUCGGUCCUGGUCCCGGCCCUAUGGCUGGUCCAAUGAUGGGUCGUGGCCAGCGCGGUCCUCCCCCAGGCUACAGCAACGAUCCUCUUCCUCCUCCUGGUGUCGGCCCCUUCCCUCGCAGAAAUGGCUCUCCCGAGGACGGUGAGAUUAUCGGUCAAGCUAUCGAGAUGGACGAGAGGACUGGUAGUCCUGCCAUCCAAUCGCCCACCAACUACGGUGAACACAAUAUGCCUGGAAUGGUUGGCGCAGGUCAGCCCUUGCCACGUCCACGCAGAGACAUUACGCCCGUCAACCAGAGACAACCCAGUGGUGGUGAGCCAGUCACUCCUUCAAGCAUUUACUCAGAAUCGACAUAUGUGCAGCCACGAGUUGGCUGGGACGCACCUCCUGUUCCCAGACACGCUCCCGCACCGGCGGCUCAGAUGAACUCUGUACCUCCUCUCUCGCCUAUUCAAGCAUCACCAACAAAUUCUCGUCACAGACGCGCUGGUUCUGAAUCAUACUACGAAGACGUAGACCCUCGCUUCGCUGCUCCUGACGAGUCGUCUAUGGUGGGCGCUCCGAUUCCAACAACCUUGACUCCCGGUCCGCAGAUACCAACUGUGCGUCACCCUACACCCGAUCGCCUGAACUUUGGUCAAGAUCACGAAGGGCCUACUCUGCAAAGAGACGGCUCAUACGAGAACAUCGAGGGUGCACUUUCUCCUGCCAUGUCCGAUACCAGUAACUUCACAUCAGUUAGUCAGCGUGGUGUCAACCCCAACUGGCGUCCGCCACCAGGCUACGGCCCAGGGUCGGUAACCGGCGCUCCACAGCAGCGCAGAAACGAGCAAAACGAUAUGAUUCUUGGGCAAAACCCAGACUUUAUGUUGCCUGGUAUGCGCGGCCCAUCUCGAGGCGGUCGUGGUAGAGGAGGAAUGCCUCGUCCCAACCCCACUGGACUGACUCCUCCUGGUCGUUACCCAAGUGCGAUGUAA